AUGUCUGAAAUGAAUAUAACUGAGAGCACUAAUGAUUGCUCAAAUGAUUCCCUUCUUCUUGAUAGAGUGUUCCUACGACUUGGAAAUGCCAACACGGAUGAGCAACUUGAAAACUGCUUAAAUAGAUUCCUGCCUCCUGUCAUCCUUAAAUUGUCUUCUCCUCAUGAACAGAUCAGAACAAAGGUGAUGGAAUUACUGAUUCAUGUCAAUAAAAGAGUUAAGUGUCGUAAUGAAGUUCAGCUACCAGUUGAAACACUUCUACAAUCCUACAAAGACCCCAAUGCCAAUAGCUUCAUAAUUAACUUUUCUAUCAUAUAUAUUACCAUGGGUUUUCCGAGGUUACCUAAGGAUCAACAAGUUGAAUUGGUGCCAUCAUUACUUGAAGCUAUAGAGAAUAAACCAGUUGCACAUCAGGAUAGUAUUUUAAUGUUGGUGAUGCCUUUACUUGGAGAUGUUAAAGAAAAUAAUCUUAAACUGAAAGAAAAGCCUAAAGCUGCCAAUCUAAUAUUGAAAUUUGCAACAGAUAUCCUUUUGCUUCCUUACCGAGCACUACCUAACUCAGGCGAGAGUGAAUUCCAAGUUCCACCUGGUAUGAGUAUGAAAUCCUACAAGAGAAUUGUAGACAAGAAUCAAAUAAAUCCUAACCAGCUUGAAGAGAUGAAGCUAUCGAUAGUAAACUUCAUCAGCAAGGAUGUAUUCAGUGCCAGUGAAGCUCUAGUCCCGUUAGUGGUAGCGGCCGCAGAUUCUAGAUUCAGUGUCGCUAACCACGCGAACAGCCCACUUAUAAGAGUUAACAGCUCAGUGGACUGGUCUCAGCCGUCAGUAGUGGCGCCGCUGUACUCCCUGUACUUAGGAACAUGGGGAGGCAUGAAGGUACACCCGGACGACCGUAAGAUUCCAGCUUGCACUAGACUGCGGCUAAAAUUAAUACAGUAUCUAAACAAAGCAACGGGUGCAGCAAUUAUAUUUCCACACUGUGUUCAGGUUGUAUUUUCUUCGAUAUUUGUUACCAAUACGAAUUCUCGUCUCCGCAACAUGGCUCUCAUGUUCCUCUUGAACGUCAUCAAUAAUGGUAACGAGGUUCAGCUGAGGCAAGUCGCGUCUGUGUUUCUUCAAGGACUGUUGAAGCUUAUAAGAACAGAAGAACACGCGGAACAACACGCUAAAGCUUACAUGUGUUUGGGUAGAUUGGCGAUGAAAUGUCCCAACUGCUUCAAUAAUCAGUUUGCGCUGUUGGAGGAAUUAGUCAAAAAGAUUCCAGACGCUGUACCAGAAAUAAAGACAGCACUCAGAGAUGCGCUGUUGGAAAUGGCGACUGCUUACAAGAUUACACCCGAAGAUAAAGGAGAACCUAUGGAGUGUGAGGAGGCAGGUCCAUCUGGUGUUGAGGACGCGGAGGGUGGGGAGAGUAAGAAACCUAGACCGAGUCCCUUCGAUGAACCACACGCUCUAGCAUUGUUCGCUCUUUUAGACCAUUACAUGCACUGUGAGGAAUCUAUGAUCAGAUACAUCGCGAUGCGUUACGCCUCAGCAGUGUUUCCACAGGACUACGUGCCUUCUAGAUACUUACUAUUACUGGCCAGUGGAGACAGCCAAGACGAAAUCUCAACAGAGGCCCUCAAGUGUCUUUACGGAACAUCAAGAGCGAAUGAAAUAGAAGAUGUCGUAAACAAUGUGAGUAAGAAAGAGAAAGAGACUAUCAGUAUAGACGAGGAAGGUUCGAAGAAAGACAGUGCUGGAACACAGGAAGAAAAAUUCAAAGUACCGGGAUUCAUUGAAGUGGUCGACUAUGUGUGGGAUCAGAUGCAGAAACGAAAGAAGGGCUCCAAUGUUAAACAUAGAUUCGUUAUUGGCAACCAAGUUCUACAAUUUCAUCCACAGUCAUAUCAAGAAAUUCUAAGAUAUUUAAGAAUGUGUUUAAAUAGGAAUGCCAAUUUGAAAGAUUGUUCGAACCACCCGAACGCCACCUCACCUUUACUGUCACGGUACAUUCAUGAACAUUUGUUGGAAACGGAAGCUCUGGAUAGAUAUUUGACUAUGAUAACGAGUCUUCUAAACGCAUGUCCAGGUGUUAUGCCGCUGACUUGUUUCUUGGACAUAGUGGGAUGUAUACCGGAUAAAAUAGCGGACAAAUACAAAACUAUCUUGCCGUUCUUGAAACAACUCUUCACAAAUAGUACGAGGGAGGAAAUUCGAGAAACUUCUGCCGCUAUUUACGCUAUCAUAACGGUGCAUACCAGCGACAAGUCAUCCAUAGACAAGGAAAUCAAGGAAUUCGUUGAUCAAGCACGUAAUAAUAAGAGUUUGGAAUCUCAAUGUGGAUAUAUGAUGGCAUUCACGUAUCUCUGUGAGAGAUGCGUCGUGUUGUGGAAGAGGAAGAAGUUUGGUGGCAAAGGUUUCAGUCCAAGUACUUGGGAACCUUAUAGAGACGGUGUUUUGUGUCUUGCUACUUUCCUCUGUCACUCUCAGUCGUUGUUGGUCAGUACGUCGUGUAUCGCUAUGUCCUUACUCGUACGAUGUACGUCACUGCCACUACCUAAUAUAUCGUCGAAACAGGAACCGUUAUUAAACAGCGAAAAUCCAUUCAAAAUUAAUCAAGCCGACGUUAUAAUGCCAGAAGAUGAAGUGACGAAGUUCAGUGUAGCUGACAGGUUAUUCAAAAUUGUUGGUAACGCGAAACUACCCUCCAAGGUUAAAGAAAGAUCGCUUUAUAAUCUCGGCCUUAUGUGCUGCGGGGAAAGGUUGAGUUUCGCAAAGCAAAUUGUUAAAGGUUUCCUUCAAAUGGCGAGGGAUAGCAAAGAGUUUGAAAUACAUUUACAAAUAGGCGAGUCAUUGGUUUUGUGUGUUGAAGGCGUUAAUUCCAAUGAGAACCGAGAUCUGUGGACUGAACUGCCAAAUGAGGUAGAAUCUAAAAUAAAAGACGCGGAAGCAUUGAAAGAAAACGACGAAAUAUUGAAAUGGUUAUUGUUGGAGCUGUUCAAGAUAGGCAAGCAUCCACAUCCCCACUCCAGACAGGCUACAUGUAUAUGGCUACUGGCUCUACUGAAGAAUUGUCCCGAGCGAGCUCCUAUAAAGAAUUCACUGCAGCAGUUACAGGACACGUUCAUGGAAUACCUUUCAGAGAAUAGCGAUAUAGUUCAAGACGUAGCGAGCAAGGGUUUGAGCUUAGUGUACCAGAAUUCGGACGAAGCUCAGAAGAAGGCUCUUGUGGGUCAGAUAAUAGAGCAACUGACUAGCGGGAAGAGAGCCGUGGCGCAGGUUACAGACGACACGAGGCUGUUUGAAGAGGGACAGCUGGGGACCGCGCCCACCGGUGGAAACCUUUCAACCUACAAAGAACUCUGCUCCCUGGCGUCUGAUUUGAAUCAGCCGGACCUUCUAUACAAGUUCAUGCAUUUAGCACAUCACAACUCAAUUUGGAAUUCCAAACGAGGUGCGGCGUUCGGUUUCCAGUCCCUCACAGCGGCGGCGGGCGGCUCCCUGUCUACUCACUUGCCUCGUAUCGUGCCCCGCCUGUAUCGCUACCGUUUCGACCCCACGCCUCGCAUACAGAACUCAAUGGCUGCCAUAUGGAGCGCCCUCGUCUCUAACACGCAGGCCACGGUGCAGAAAUACCAUAAAGAAAUAUUAAAAGACUUGGUGGCCAACUUGACGUCUAAUCAAUGGAGGGUGCGGAUGUCUUGUUGUAAUGCACUCGCGGAUCUUUUAAGGGGUGCACAAAGUUUACACGAUUCGUUGGAGUAUCUACCAACUAUAUGGACUCAACUUUUCCGAGUUAUGGACGACGUACAUGAAGGGACGCGUCAGGCAGCCACAUCCACAGCUAACGUUCUAUCAAAAUUAUGUAUCCAGGCUACAGAUGUGAAGCAAGGUAAAGACGGAAAGGAAAUAUUGUCAGCCAUAUUACCGGUGUUGUUGGACACCGGCAUAACUAACCUCGUUAAAGAAGUCAGGAGUGUGAGCCUGCAGACGGUGUCUAUGCUGGUGUCGUCAGCGGGGUCUUCUCUGGCGCCGCUGCUGCCCCGCCUGGUGCCGGCCCUCGCGGCGGCGGCUGGGGAUUUGGAGCCGGCAAGACUCGGCUACCUGUCCACGGCCAUCACUGACGGCGCCACACGAGACGCUAUAGAUGACCUGCGAGCCAGCGCCGCGAGGCAGCACUAUACUACAGACACGGUCGUCAAGUGUAUGCCGUACAUCACUAUAGAUAUAAUGAAGGAGAUGUUGCCGAAGAUACUGGAACUGACUAAGUCUCCGCAGCUGGGUACUAAGGUCGCGUGCGCGCACUUCUUAGUGCUGGCCGCGCAUUACUUGAGGGCCGACCUCGAACCUGUAGCGGGGAAGAUCAUGUCUAGUCUAUUGAACGGUAUAUUUGACAGAAAUGCUACAGUGAGAAAGAAUUAUGCGGAAGCUUUGGGACAAGUGUCCGCUUAUGCUAAGCCGCAAUCCAUAGAAAAAUUAAUGAAGAAGUUAGUUAAUUUAUACGAAACGAGGGAGGAUGACGCGUCUCGGUCUGCGGUCGCCCUGACUUUAAAGGCGGUGGCGAAAGCUAAGAUCGAACAUAUUAAGGAUAAUGAAGAGACUUUGGUGCCGGUUGUGUUCUUAGCUAUGCACGCCUCUAAAGAAGACGACUCGUCUACGGUGGACAUGUUUUCCGAGCUGUGGUCGGACGUGAGCCCCAGCGCGGGUCGCGGGGUGCGGGCUCACGUACGGGCUCUGACGACUGCUGUGGAACAAGCACUCGCCUCGGGCAGCUGGGCUAAAAAGAUACAGGCAGCCAAAGCGGUUAAAACAAUAUGUAAGGAGCUGUCCGGGGAACUUGGUGAGGAAAGGGAACCGUUCAUAAGAUCCUUACUCGCCGCUGUUCAAGGGAAGACGUUCGAUGGAAAACAUCACGUUAUAGAAGCGCUGGCUGAACUAUGUGUCGUCCCCGAAGGAGAAAAGGUAUCGCCGUCUCUAAUAUCCGAGGCGGUUGACGCGCUCGUGUGUGAGAGUCGCAAGCAGGAGCCCACGUACAAGAGACACGCGCUGUUGGCUUUGAGUCACGCGCUGCCCGCCGCCGACCAUCAGCGGUUUACAAGUCUAUAUGAGAUCGUUAAACAGAUACUUACCAAGGAUGAAUUUUCGAUGGACAAAGAUUCAGAUGAAGAGGAUAACGAAGGGGUCAGACAGAGACGAGAACAACUCACUGCAUUGAAGGAAGCAGCUUACGAUUUACUGGGUAAAGCUUGGCCAAAGGAUGCCGAUACUCAAGAAAAAUACCAAGAAUUAUAUUUCGAGCAUUGUUCGAAAUCGUAUCCGACAAGUUCAAGAUCAACCCAGUUGGCGAUACUGGCGUCCAUAUCGAAGGUUCUAGAACGACUGGCGGUGUUGAACGAUCCGGAGCCAAUGGAAACCGACAACUCGACCGCGAGUAACAGGAACCAGGUCAUUGCUACAGUCACAGAACACAUCACGACUAUCAUCGAAUACACGCUCAAGAACAGCAACCAAGUAAGACACAGACGGGAUGCGUUAAACCUAAUGGAAAUAUUGAUUAAACAAUUAAAAGAACUUCACAAAACGGAGGAAUUGAAUAAAUUAAAAGCAAUUUAUCAGACACACGUUCAAGAAUUGUCCAGAGAAGAAUCUCAUGAACUGAGAGCAAAAGUAGACAACAUUAAAGUACAUUUCAAAUAA